AUGUGUGACCACGUUACUGGAUCUUGUGUUGGAGGAUGCGCUGCUGGAUGGAUAAACGACACAUGUGACACAGAAUGCAGCACCGGUUGGUAUGGAAAAGACUGUUCUCAGAGAUGCAGUAGUAACUGUAUUACACCAUUCAUGUGUGACCGAGUUACAGGAGCUUGUGUUGGAGGAUGCGCUAUUGGAUGGGUAAACGACACAUGUGACACAGUUGACAUGGCAUAUUGCGUGGAUUGGGCGCCAUAUGAUGUAUCUGUUGUCUACCACAACCUGACCUGGAGAAGAGAAGAAACAAACAAUAUAGUCCGAUAUGACCCUGCUGUGAACCUGAUGUGUAGCUUUACCACGAAACCCGACGAAAAUUUGUUUUAUGACGUUUCUUGGUUCAUAGAUGGAUCAAACGUUUUUAAUCAGACUGUUGAUGUGUCUAGUAAUUACACGGCAGUGCUGUCGGCUUAUGAUAUUCUCGAAUUUAACAGGAAAAUUGGAUCAGAUAUACACUGUAAUGUUGGAGCAAAACGAAUGAAAGUCAACAUCCCCUCUUGUCGUACCAAAGUCGGAAAUCGAUUCUUCGCCGGAAUACGGAUAAAAAAUCCUAACAUAGUGUUGGAAAGAAAAGGGUCGGAGAAUAUUGAACUGGAAAUGACAAUACCGUUUGCUUCUGAAUCCCUUUUUAUAAAUGGAGUUCUGCAACCUGUUAGCGACCUCAACAUCCACCUGGCUUUCGAAACAGGUGUCUCCUCUACAUACGGCGGUGGCGGUUCUUCUAACCACUGCGAGGUCAAAAUUAAAAGCUUUGGUUACCACGAGAAACACAAAUACGAAAAUGGCGAAUGGAGACAAAAUACCUUCUUUCCAGUCCACAGCCAAGACACUGAUGGCUACGUUAUUAAUAGUCAGAUGAUCCUGCAUUUAAAGACUGGUGGUACUAAUGGUGUUGGCAGUAAAAUAUUUGAACACGUUUCUUUGCCAGAUAUUUUGAUUCGUGUACAUGAUACUAACCAGCUAUGGAAAGGACGAUCCUGUGGCGUAUAUGCAGACCCACACAUGUAUACAUUUGAUGGAGUAUCAUAUGAAUGUCAGACAUCAGGAGAAUUUAUAAACUACAGGAAUCAAGCAUAUUUACAAUGGAUUCAGUCGAAGCAUCACCUUUGUUUCGCACGAUACAACGGUCCGUGGUGCGUCUGCGCAGUUGCAGCAAGAGCAGGAAGAGAUGUCUUCAUAAUGGAUCUCUGUGGAGAUAAUGGCGUCAUCAAUUUUGAGCUGUGUGAGGACAAUAGUUUAAAAGUGACAAAAAUCUAUGACAUGCACUAUAAGCAGACAACUUCUGGCCUGGAAGUUGACUUCACCAAACCCACAGUUCAUGAUAGACCUCAGCAGACACCUUCUGGCCUGAAGGUUUAA